GAGUGUUAAAAUUUCAGAUUAGCUACUCUCUGGUUCUGUUUGAUCCAUUACUUCUUUCUCCUGCUGGAAAAAAGUGUUAAAAAAGAAUUUAAUAGAGAGUCAGAAAGAAAGCAAAUUAAUGGAGAAGAUGGGCACGGCAGAACCCAACUUUGAACAACUAUUCGAGGAGAAGAAGCGCGUCAGGAACCCCCUCGUUCCCGUCGGUGCACUUAUGACGGCAGGAGUUCUCACAGCUGGCUUAAUCAGUUUCAGGCGAGGCAAUUCUCAAUUGGGUCAGGUGUUAAUGAGAGCUCGGGUGGUUGUCCAAGGGGCUACUGUGGCGCUUAUGGUUGGCACUGCUUUCUACUAUGGGGAUAACCCAUGGAAAAAACCAAGUUAGACGUUUUACAGUAUGGUUUCUUGUGAUGAGUAUUUUGGUUGCUGCAGGGUGUCCUCCAUAGUGACACAAGCUGUUCUUUUUCUAUGCCGAUUUUAUUCAAUAAAAUUCACACAAUUCAUAUGCUCUCAUUGCUGGUAGCAUACUUCUUGUGCAUGACGAGAUCCUACUACUGUUAGUGUAAACUGAGAUCAGUGAACAUGGAUGUAGCGAGGAUGUUUGUGUAAGUUCUGAAAGAAGGGAUAGCAUCUACCUCAGACAAAUAAUCUUAUUUAAAAAUACAAAAAUAAUCAAUGUCUGUUAACAA